AUGGUCUUCAUGAGGAGCGAACCGGAAGGACAUGACCCAUGUGAGAUCCAUGCGGCCAUUCAAGGAAACCGUAAGGAGUGUUUGCGUUCUUUGGCUAAAGAAAUAAGCUCUGAUGCGGUGUUGCCUCAACUAAGGCGAGGACGGCUAGAUCCUCACGUCGAUUUACGUUUUGUGGAACAAUGUCCAUGCGAGUGUGACCCGUAA